AUGAAGAGUGAAAUGUAUACAACAGAUGAUGUAGAUGAUACAUCAAGAAGAGAUAGAGAUGGAGGAUAUAGUUAUCUACCUUUGAACAAUAAUAAUAUAAAUAGUAAUAGUACUGGUAUAAACAAUAUAAAUGGACAUCAUCAUUUGAAUAAUAGUAAUGGUAGCAUUAGUAGUAGUAUACCAAAUAUACACUUUUAUAGUCAUAGAAAGGGAGGUGGUCUAUUCAACAAUAGCAUUCAUAUGAUGGGUGUACUUGGGUUGGUAUCUUUGGCAUUUUCUUUUUAUCUUGCUUUUGGUAACAUUGAGAGUGGCACUUGUGACAUUUCAGCCAAGGUGUCUUGUAGCACCGUAUUAAAGAGUAGCUUUGCAGAGAUCUUGGGUGUCCCCGUCGCUAUAUUUGGUCUCACUUGGAAUGCCGUCCUAUUGUUUACCGUCUGGAGAGUCACCAUCGAUGACAAGGUUCCUCACUAUAUUUCAUUUAUCUAUAUUUGGUGUUCAAUAGGUAUUGGCUUUGUAAUCUAUUUUGUUGCAGCAGAAUUUAUAAUUGGAGCAUUAUGUCCAUUUUGUACAGUUGUACAUGUUAUCAAUGUAAUAAUGAUGUACAUUUCAUUCCAAUUGUACAAUGAUUUAAGAAAUCCCCCCAUUUUAUCACAAACUGCCUCGCUGCUCAGACCAAUGCUGAUCAGUAUAGUGUUGGUACACUUGGUGAUUGUUGGAUUGUUUUGGGCAGCCACCCCGGAAAAGCCAAGCGAACCCAUCAUGAAUACAUUUGCACGAUGUCUUGGUGAACGACACAUGGUGUUUUACGGAUCGGAUGGUUGCCACGCAUGCAAGAAACAAAAAGAGCUGUUUGUCUAUACCGGACAAGACGAGGCAAACUCACCAUGGAAACAUAUUAGAUUUGUCGAGUGUUUCAAGAAUAACGAAUGUCAACAUCACAAUAUUGCGGGAUACCCAACUUGGAUUCGAUUUGCCGAUGCCAAUCAAGAAAAAGAAAUCGAUCGUCAUAAAGGUGUUAUGAAACCAGAAGAAUUAUCUAAAAUGUCUGGUUGUCCUUAUAAUCCUGAUCAACAACAACAACAACAAAAUAACAAUAGUAAUAAUAAUAUAAAUAAUAAUAAUAAUAAUAAAGAGAAAUAG